GUCGUUUCUUUUAGCCCAACCAGUCUUUUACAUGUUUCUUUUCCGUCACCAUCACAUUCGUUACUCAUCGGGCAAGUUCCUCUUUGAUUUAAAAAUUAAAAAAAAAAGGAAGAAAAGAAACCAUGUCUUCGUCCUGUCUCACAGCGUAAGUCCACAGGCUGCGGAGAUGUUGCUUUACCUCUGCCUUCUCUUUGCUGGAUGCCUCCGUCUCAGCUUCACUGACAGUAUAAAGACUGUGCAGAACAACACGUUGGCUACACUGCAGUGUCCUCUUGCAACAGGGAAUGUGUCAUGGAGCCGCUACGUAAAUGGUAACCAGGUGAUUCUGCUCACUAUCAGCAACGGCCAGGAGCGCAGAACUGAUAAACGCUAUGGGUCCCUGGCAAACAAUGACCUGGUCAUAAAUAAGGUUAAAAUGUCAGAUUCUGCAUGGUAUUUUUGUAAUGGAAAAAAAGCAGUAUAUCUGGAUGUGACUACAGAUCCCAACGUGGUGGUUCCCAAAGCCCAGCCAGAAGCUAGAGCACCAGUCACGCUGAGAAACGAGGGACCGGACCGCAGCCGAGAAGCUGCAGCUGGAGGUGCAGACACAGAGAACCAGCGACCCUCAGACUUGUGGAAAAUACCUGUUGGUGUAGUCAUAGGUGCUACUCUGGUGCUUCUGGUCUUCUUCGCCCUGAGAUUCUGCUCAGAAAAGAGAGCGGAGAGAGAGACCAAUGUUGUGAAAGCUGUAACUGAGGUGAUCUAUGAGGAGAUUGAAGACGGCAACGUGCAGCCACGGAGGGAACCUGAUGUUGAAAGUCCCUACUACUGGUCGAGCAUCAUUGAAACGCCAAACACCUCCACAUCACCAAACACUAAUGCGCUGUACACCUCUGUUAACAAGCUGAAAGCUAAAGGACGCGGCAAUGAGGAGUGUGUGUAUUCUGUUGCACAAAUUCCACUACAGACAAGGAAUGUCAGUUAAUCGGCGCAAAAUCCAGUCUUUUAUCCGUCACGCUCGGAGGUCUGAUGGACAGAAGUUGGAAACUGCCGACACACAGCAGGCAGGACAAAAUCACUCUUCUUCUUUCUUGCUCAUCUGGUGGUUGUUCAGAGGCUUCGUCAAAAGGUCCCUGGUACAGAAAGUUCUUGGCCGUUUGUAUUUCCCUUCAUUUUGGAGUCUGCCUGAUCCACUGACUCUGUUGUUGUGCUGUUGUUUGAUGCCAGUAACUACUGACAAGUGAAAAAAAAACCCAACAAAAAGUGUCUCAGUCAGGUGUUGGGCCACCACACCGCUCCUUGGUAUGGAUCCUCCAAGCCUCUGGACUCCACUGGAGGGAUGGACACCAUGAUGGACACCAUCCCUCCUAAAGAUGUUCCCUCAUCUGGUGUUUUGACGGCGGUGGCGGCGGACAGCGCUGUCCAACACGUGGGUCCAAAACCUCCCACAGGUGUUCAACUGGGUUGAGAUCCGGUGACUGUGACGGUCACAUCAUUGUCACGCUCAUCAAACCACUCAGUGACCCCUUGUGACCUGUGGGUGGGGGCGCUGUCCUCCUGUUUCCCUUUAAUUUGUCACCUGUCUGUAUAUUAAACAUGUAUAUUUCUUAACAGUGUUGUGCAUAAUUCAGUCAUUUUUGUGUCUGGGGUCAAACAGUUAAGAAACUGAUAACAGUGACGGGACAUAUUCUGUCUUGACGCCAGUGAUCCUCAAAAUGACCACGUGUCGUCUCGUACUGUUGUAAACUCUGCUAGAAAUCUGAAUCAGCCAGCGCUGAAGUCAUCUUCUGAUCAAUGUAUCGAUUAACUGACUGAUUGACUGAUUAAUUGCUUGGUCUGUCAGAAAAUAGUGAGAACCACAGUGACGCCUUCGCAUUGCUGCUUCUGUCUGACUAAACCUGCGAACCUUUAAUUUAAGACGAGGGAAAGUGGCUAAUCUUCGAACCCCCAACCCAUGAAGUGAUUGGAAUUUUCUUAAUGUGAAAACAUCAGCAGUUAAAAUGGUUUCCUUCUUCUGUUGUUCACCUAAUUGAUUAGUUGACUAAUUAGUCCAUCUCGAUUUCAUAUACUGUUGGGUAAAGUAAUUUAAAAUAAUAUGUAACAAUCAAUCAAAUUUUAUAAGCUCUGUGUGUUUUGCAUGCAGACUUUUAAAUGUAGAAGUAACUUGUAACUACAGCUGUCAAAUAACUGUAAUGGAGUAAAAAGUACAAUAUUUGCAGCG